AACAUAUCUUCAUACCCUCGAUGGACUUCAGUCACAUACUCUCUUUUCUUUCACGUUCGCUCUAGGGUUCCCCAAUUUCUCUCUCUUUAUUUUAGCUUUCUUACUGUAAUUCGUUUUGGUCCAGCUUCAAUUCAAUGCAAUCAAGCUGAAUAAUACUUCAAUUUUCUAUAAUCUUUGCUCUCUAUAUACUGGCACUUAUUAUUUAGGUUUGGGAGGUGAAAAAAGUAAAGAGGAAAGAGGGUGGAGGGCGAUUACAAAUGCCGGAGGAGGACUUGUUAGAAGUUAAAUUUCGGUUGUUCGAUGGAUCAGACGUGGGUCCGUUUCGCUGCUCACCGGCUUCCACGAUAGCUAUGCUUAAAGAGAGAAUUGUCGCCGAAUGGCCCAAAGAUAAAAGAAUUGCACCCAAGGCAGCAAAUGAUGUAAAGUUGAUAAGUGCUGGGAAAAUUUUGGAAAACAACAAGACUGUUGGUCAAUGUAAAACGCCUUUCGGCGAGCUACCUAAUGGUGUGAUUACCAUGCAUGCUGUUGUACAGCCAUCUGUAGGUAAAUCAAAAUCAGAAAAGAAGAUUGACGAGAUUCCAAAGAAAAGCAUCUGUGCGUGUGCCAUAUUGUGAGAUUGUAAGUGAUUCAGUUUAAUUUUGUGAUAUUUUUGGGUUUACACCGCUGCUGUGAUGUUCAGUUAAGAAAGUCAAUAACUGAAACAGUGUGAUAGCUCAUUAUUACUUGUUUGUUGAACGGCAUUUCAGUGUAACUGCGUCUAUUUGUUUUCAUGAAUUUGGUAGGUGUAAAUUUUUGUAAUUGCAGAUUUUUAUAUACAAAUACAGAGCACGGGCUGGAUUGCAUGCAGAAGGAUUCUAGCCAGCUCUUGUUAUUCUACUCUGAAUCAUUGUUAUUUGACGGUAGAUCGUUUAAAGGCUGCGGUUUAAACA